UUAUUUUCUUAGCUUGUCCUACGUGGGUGCUAGUAUAGAGACCUGAGCUUCCAGGGGCUUCACUACCUCAGGGUCCCACCUCAACCUGCUCAGUAAUGGAUGCCAGAUUUUGACUGGGACCCGACAGCAAUCUGGAUUUGUUAGUGAGCUUGGUGAUACCAUUUUCACUUGGAGCCCUUUUUUGGUGAGCUUUUCUGUGUGUCUCUCCCUUCAGGAUCCUCUUGGCCUUCAGUGAAGAAGACCAAUUUGGGAAAGGGCCCCCCUGUCCCAACACAACACCUAACCGCCCCAUAGGCAGGUCAACAGCAUUGCCUCCUUUAGGGAAACUCUCUUCCUUAACUGUUGCAAGGAACUCCCUUCCUCCCACAGCUCCAGCCCUGUUGCUCCUACUUUUCAACAGUGUGUGCUGACCAGAGCAGAAAACAGCCUGAAAGCGCCUGAGCUUGAGAACCAAGAGCUGCAGGAGCAAGGCAACAGGAAAAUCCUCCGCACAGAGGGAGAACUGCAGCAGCAGCAGAGUGGAACUGCACAGGCGUCAAGCGGAGGUGAAACCUGCAGCAUUGCUGACACUCCUUCUUUCCAGAGCGACAGCAGCAGCGUUUCCUGCCUAAGACGAACACAAGUCCCAGAGCUGCCAGCCACCCGCUCUCAGGAGCACUGUGCUGCAGGCUUGAAGCCGUGCCACUGGGAGAGACUCGGAGAUGGCCGAAGGGGAAAUAACAACGUUCACCGCCCUGACCGAAAAAUUCAAUCUUCCACUGGGGAACUACAAGAAGCCCAAACUCCUGUAUUGCAGCAACGGAGGCUACUUCUUGAGGAUACUUCCAGAUGGCAAAGUAGAUGGGACAAGGGACCGAAGCGACCAACACAUUCAGCUGCAGCUAAGUGCGGAAAGCGUGGGUGAAGUAUAUAUAAAAAGCACUGAGUCUGGACAGUUUUUGGCUAUGGAUACCAAUGGACUUUUAUAUGGAUCACUGUUACCGGGUGAGGAAUGCUUGUUCUUGGAAAGAGUGGAAGAAAAUCAUUACAACACGUACACGUCUAAGAAGCAUGCAGAUAAAAACUGGUUCAUUGGUUUAAAGAAGAAUGGAAGCUGCAAACUGGGACCGCGGACUCACUAUGGCCAAAAGGCCAUCCUUUUCCUUCCUCUGCCCGUGUCCGCUGAUUAAGGGAAGUAUCCAGGGUGCCAUAAAAUGACCCUGAGUCUUAAAUACCAACUUCUAUUCCUUCUCUCUCUCUUUCACUGGGCAGUGUGACAAAGAGCUUAAUUUUAGAUCCAGGAAUUUUAAAUCUAAACACCUUAAAAAUAAAAUAGAGCUAUUUAAUUUUGCACUAACCAAGUUUAACGUGGAGGUGAGGAAAACACUUGUAGAGCAAUGGGCAGGUUGUCUCUCCAAUGCAUUCUUGUUGACGAGUCUCCAUUGUCAGACCUGCGCAACAGAAAGCACGUGUGAGGCACAUCUGAGGCAAAAUGUGUGCACUGAAAAAUGCAAAAGGACUCCAAAGAAUAUACAUAAACUCGUGUUUCAAAGGGACCACACAGGAAUGUUACUGCCCUAAAUGCAUGGCUUACUAGAACUCUAAAUCAAUCACACCUAGAGAGAACAGGUGCAUGUUUUAUAUUUCCAUAAAAGUAAAACUUCCCUAGAAUAUAUAGGUAUUUUAAUGUAAUCUAGACAGUAUCUAAUAUACACUUCAAAAAAUUUAAAACUGCAUCAGUAUUCAAUUUGUCAACUGAAAGCAGAAUUCUGCACCUAUCCUAAUUGUGUACAGCUCAACUAACCAUGACCCAUACUCUUGAAAACUAGACAUCUAAGCCAGUCAAACACUACUAAUAUUACUAUAUUUCUUGUUAAUAUCCUUCAUAUGUAAUUUGUAUUUAUUAAGUGACUCUGUAUACAUUAUAAAGAGUUCAAUAAUAUGAAUUAUAGGCAGUCAAAGCCAGUUAAUGUUAUCUCAAGAAGGAUGCAGAUGGGAUAAAGAGGGGUAUGAUUUUGACAAGAAAGUCUGGGAGAAAGGUCAUGGGGGAAAGGGUAGUCAUGGAACUAUAUUACCAGGGUGGAUAAAAAUCAAUGAUUAAAAAAAAAAAAAUUGGAAUGUUUUUAUUUAAAUCGGAUUUUUUUGAUAAAAUACUUAGAGGAAAAAAACCUAUCUGAAGAUAGUUUUAAGAUACAUUAUAGCUCAAAGAUAUCUCAUCAGGGAAUAGGGAUUAUAAAUUCUAAUUCUAUAGUAUGAGACAAUAUAUUCACGUAAUGUUUAAGAAAAGUUUUGUAAAUGAAUUCCAAUAGUUCAUGGAUUAGGGACCCAAUCUUAUGGGGUUCCAGGGGCUUCUGUAUAGAUUAUUUAGGUUAAUCUUUCUAUCUACUCAAUGGGACUCAAUGCUCAGUCUAGAGGAUACCAUCAGAGAUGCUUAGUUUUGCAGUUCUCAAACUGUGGAUUUGUGUCUCCGGAGACAACGUACUUGUUAACAGCAAAAAUGUUUUAAAAUAAAUAAAUAAUAUAUAGAGGGGAGAAAUAACAGACCUCAACCCUAUUGUCCCUCUGCAAAUUUGUGUACACAGAGUCAAUCCCUUACCUCUCUCUAAAAGUGCAAAGUUUCAAAAAGUUCAAUGAAUAGAAGAUUGUUGGGGGUGGAAUGGAUCUGGACAAGGAGAAGAAGUCUGGAGAUAAUGUGAGAAGGGAGGGACAGGCAGUAGAAACAAAAGUGAAACUGUUUGAGGAGCAUAUUCCAGAAGUCUUGAGGUCUUUCUGAGUGUAGCCUUCAUUGAUUUGAGAUCUACCAUAUCAUUCUCUCACUAGAAGGGAAAACCUAUAAUGGAAGCAGGCCGUAAAAGAGACCCAGUUUGGGAAUAAGAACCAUUCAAGAAAUAUGUUUGCUGAUGAUGUUUAAAGAAAGUCACACCAGUGAACUGGUGGAAGUCACUUAAGCACUUGGAUUUAGAGACUGUUAAAGUGAUAAUCUCACUUUAAACAGCAGUAGCUUCUUCUGCCGGUAUAGAUAGAAUAUUUUCUUCCUUUGGUAGGGUUACCAUACGUCCGGAUUUUCCCGGACAUGUCCGGCUUUUGGGGGUUCAAAUCCCCGUCCGGGGGGAAAUCCCCAAAAGCCGGGCAUGUCCGGGAAAAUCGGGAGGGAGGGAUGGAGGGCUCGGCCGGGGCCGGUGCGGGGCCGGGCCGGGGGCAUGGUGCCGGGCCGGGCACGGUGCCGGG